AUGUCACGCGGCCUGCUGGGGGCGGGGGCGGGUGCAGCGGGCGCCACCCUCUACCUGAAGCCGGAGAUUGUUCAGGACUAUGUCAAGGAGCUCGUUUUCGGGCCGCGGCCCAGCGCCGGCGCCCUGACGGACGGGGUGGGCAAGGAGCUGGAGCACCUGCAGCGCCUGGUGGAAGACCUGUCCCGCCAGGUGGCGGCCACCAGCAAGCAGCCGGGCGUGACGGUGGUGCACACGGGCGCCGACCGCGGCGGCAGCUACAUCCUGUACGGCUCCGCGGCGGCGGGGCUGGGCGUAGUGCUGUACUUCCGUGUACUGCGGGGCUGGACCUUUGGCGACAUGCUGUAUGCCACGCGCCGAGGCCUGCGCGACGGCCUCAACCAGGUCUCCGCAGGGCUUGAGCAGCUGGGGGCCAAGGUGCAGGAGGUCAAGGCCAGGCUGCAGGAGCGGAUCGCACACGUGGUGCGCAAGCAGGAGGAGAUGCUGGCGGUGCAGGCGGAGAUGCAGGCGGCGCUGACGGGGGUGGGGCGCGACGUGGAGCACACGCGCGGCCAAGUGGGGCAGAUCCACGCUGUGGUCAUGGACCUGGAGGCCAGCAUGGCUGAGGUGGGGGUCAACCAGCGGCACGCCAACCACGGCAUCUAUGUCCUCUGCAAGGCAGUCAGCGAGCUCAUGGUGGGCUCCAACAUCCCUUCCAAGACAGAGCUUAUUGAGUACACGCAGCAGCACCCGGUGUGGGCGGCAGGCGGCGAGCGGGUGCAGGGGUUGGAGAGCCUGCUGCCUGCAGGCGGCGGCGGCGGCGCCGGCGCCGGCCUGCGCCGCGUCUCCUCCUCUGCAGCCCGCGGCCGCGACGAGAACGCCAGCCCCGAGCGCCGCAGCCCCUUCCUGCUGGCCCGCGCGGCCGCCGGCAGCUCGCCCGCCCUGGCCGACGAGGCGCCGCCGCCUCGCAAGGCGCUGUCCGAGGGCUCUGGCAUGCAGGGGUCGCAGGUGCUGCUGAGCCCCAUGGCCCCGACGGACGGCAGCGGCGCCACCUACCAGGCGCCAUACACGGUACCGGUGGCUUACCCAACCAGCGUGUCGGUGGGCGGCGCCGGCAGCUCCCCCGGCAGCAUGUACUGGUGA